GAAGCCCGUGUGCGCUCUGCCAUUGGCGGUAGCACAGGUGACCGCAGACGCUCCGGGCCGUGACAACAUCUCGACGGUCAAAACGAAAACAAAUUCGUCCCCGAGCCUCCAGCGGCUGCUCUCGCUGUGGCAGCAGCUUGUGGACGUACAGAGCAAACUUUCAAACUGCAGAGUUUGUGUUUCACGUUGAGGUUUCGGACUCUGGUUCGAUUCCCUGUGCCCGGCUGGUGCCAGGGGCUGCACGCAGGAGCGGACACGCACUUUUCCUGAACCCGACUCUCGCCUUCGUACUGUCUGACCUUCACAGCGGCUUCUUCACCCAUCUCUGCUCCGUGACCUCUACAUGCAGAUUACCAUCCACUGUCUCCAGAGGCCAGACAUGUAGUCAGCAGCGUAAAGCAGAGCACAUUCGUCUUUGUGAACCCUUUUCCUCUCAAACAGCUUCGUCUACCUCUCGGGCUGGACUGCGGUGCACUGACGCCGGCUCGCCCUCCCCUGCCCCCUCGCCCCCCAGCAAUGGCCUCACGCAUCGGGCUGCGUAUGCAGCUGAUGCGAGACCAGCUGCAGCAAGAGGAGCAGCGGGAACGGGAGCAGCGGCAGCAGAAUGCAGUCUUGCAGCCUUACAUGCGUCAUCGCAUGGCCGGGCCGCCUGCACCCACCCCGGCCAUCAGCACCCCACAGCAUUACCAAAGCAUGCAGGUCCCUGUGGAGGUUCUCAAGGUACAGACUCACCUCGAGAACCCCACAGACUACCACAUCCGACAGUCACAGAGGCAACAGGUGAAAGAAUACCUUUCGACAACCCAUGCCACCAAACAGACAGUCCAUGCAGCCGCAGGCCUGAUUCCACCCUCUUCUCCCACAAAAAUGGGACCCACAGGGGGGUCUGCAUCUGCCCCCCCGCCCCUUCAUUCUCCACAUAUGCGCACCGAGCAGCUCCUGUCUGGCAACAGUGCACCCAACAGCCCCAUGGCCAUGCUCAACAUCAGCUCCAGCCACGAGAAUGAGAUGGAUGAGGUUAUUGAUGACAUCAUCAGCAUGCAGUCCAGUUACGAUGAUAUUCAGGCAUACAUUGACCCUGUCCAGAUGCCCAACACACUCCCUCUGUCUAGCAGUCACCUGGAUGUGUACACGGGUCCUGGGAUGAAGGGGCCAGCAAUUGCCAUGACCAGUAACUCCUGUCCUGCCAACCUGACCGUCAAACGAGAACUGUCAGAAGCCCGAGCCAUGGCCAAGGAGAGACAGAAAAAAGACAACCACAAUCUGAUUGAAAGGAGGAGGAGAUUUAACAUCAAUGAUCGUAUCAAAGAGCUGGGCACCAUGAUCCCCAAAACCAAUGACCUUGUGCAUAGUGACGUGCGCUGGAACAAAGGCACUAUAUUGCGGGCAUCUGUGGAGUACAUCAAACGGAUGCAGAAGGAUAUGCAUAGGAGCAGAGAGGUGGAAAACAACUUCAAAAGGAUGGAGAUGACCAACAAACAACUGUUGCUACGCAUCCAGGAGUUGGAGAUGCAGGCUCACUUGCAUGGCCUGCCCAACACCUCUCCCUCUGGCCUGAACCUGUCCGACCUGAUGUCUCCCUAUAUAAAACAAGAGCUCAGCCCAGAGGAUAAGCUUUCUCACCCCCAAAUACAAGCCCACCACCAGCCCCUGCACCUUCCCCGGAACCAGGCUCAGCCCCAGCCCCACCAGCACCACUUCCUCCCGCAAAACCACCUUCAACUUCAGCAGGGCCAGCAACAGCCCAGGCAGCUGCAGCAGCUCCCCCAGCAUCUCCAGCAGCAGGCGCCCAUCCAGUUCCCAGCUGUAGGCAGCUCCCAGCCCUUUGACUAUGCCCAGUCGCUGGACUUGUGCGAUAGUAUACCUGGCUUCUCAGACGGCAUAUCGGGGCUGGGCGACCUGGGUGGACUGGACGUCGAAGGGAGGAGAGGCGAGCUGGGCUUCCUGAUGAUGGAUGAGCCCCUGUCCCCAAUGGGUGGAGACCCGCUGCUCUCUGCGUUGUCCCCUGAGGCCUCGGUCGACUCCAGCCGCAGAUCCAGCUUCAGCAUAGAGGAUGGAGACAUACUGUAGACACAGACACAUACACACACUUGCACACAUAGAAGCACAUGCAGAGGUUUCACAGAGGGUGCAGUAAACAUGUUAAAGUGACUGCAAAUGUGUCGCAAACUGUGACACAUUUGCAUACAAGUGAAAGAAAUCAGCCACCAGACAUCACAGCAGACAUUCACCCAGCACAAACUCUCAGCAUGCUGCACACAAACACACACCGGUGACACUUAGAUAAUUGUGGUACAAUGGUACAAGCAAAAGAAGGUACACCACACCGCUUGCGGGCACACACACACACACACACACACACACACACACGCACAAGCACGUGCAAGAUAACCUGAGCAGUUUGAAACUUUGCCUGACGGACUGAGCAUUUACAAGGGGGGAGCCAGCACUACCAGGUCAGGAGUUAUAUAGCGCACUUGGCCUUGUUUCCAUGAAGGUGGCUCUGAAUCAUAAUUGAACAAGGGACAAAAAAACAGCAGUUAAUUAGAUUGAAGUUAUCAGAUACAAGGACAACCGAGUUCAUUGUCUCACUUGAUGGAGGACAAGUUAUUUUCCCCUUUACAUCAACCUCUUUUAGUAACCAUAAAUGAUUGAAUGAACGAUAGUGAAUAAAAUGGAAAUAGCUUCAUGGUCCUGCAUACUUAAUUUAUCUUGAGCGGAGGAUCUUUCCCACUUUUAGUUAUUUUAUUGAUUGUCAGGUGAUUUUUGCACACACACACACACACACACACACACACACACACACACACACACACACACACACACUGCUGUCCCUCCGUUUCUACACCUUGAAUUCUUUCUACCAUCUUGACAUUUUUACACACACUACAAAAUGUGUGAAGAAAGAAAACCAUUUGAUGGUCUGCGAAUAGUCUCAUCAGAAUCUGUGAGGUGUCAAAAUACUCAGGUACUGUAACACGAUACACGAGCAGGAUCGUUUUUUUUUACAUAGAAGCAGAUGUUAACCUGAACUGUUUCGGGGCCACAACUUUGAUCUUUGUGCCUUUGUGAUUUGUGCAGCUGCUGCUCCCCGUGUUUUAUAGGUUAGACCAGGGAUUUUGGUUAUAAUAUCAAGUUCGGUUAUGCCUGUAAAAGCUUUAGUGUCACCAAUAAUAAUGCAGUAGAUGAACAGUUAAUGCUUCUGUCACUGAAGCGACUCUGCAGGGCUCGAACCAGAGGCCCAGAUGAAGGAAAGAUAGAGUGACAGGGUUUGAUACUGGAGAGAGAGAGAUGGAGAAAGAGAUGAUUUGUCUCCACUGCCAGCAGCAGUGGUUGAAGUCUUCACUGGAAAAUCACACUUGCAUGCAUUCACACGCUUUGGUUCACAAACUAACAUGCAUAUAAGACAUAUGACACGCAUAUGCACGCACGUACAUACACAUACAUACACUGAAGUGUGCUUUGAGCUGUUCUCAGUUCAGCACAUUAACAAGUCCCCUGUGCUUUGGCUUCUCCUGCUGAUGAGUUGAGUGAAGCUCCCAGCUGCAGAGGUAAAUCACAGGCCUGCUGUUCAAUGUGCCACACACAGGGAGUCUGUUAACCCACUGUCAACACAGCCAGGACUGGAGCAGGUGGAGGGAAACCUGACCUGUGCCUCUGCUGUGGUAAACCCGGGGCUUGGCUUUGAUUUGACAUAGCUUAUGAUCAGUACUGAUAAAAGUAGAAAAAAUCUUUGAAGGUGAUUUUUUAUUCUUAUUAAAAUAAGUGUUUGUUUUCUUUAAUAUAUAGUUUGUUGUUUAUUUUAUCCCCCAAAGCACUGGAAAGUAUAUUAUUGUUUUUGAACUUUGUACAUGGAAGAAUUAUGAAAUAAGAUUUAUUUCAGAUAUUUUAUGACGCUAAGCCACUUAAAUGUAUUUUUAUUUGUAUUUGUUGUUUUAGUUUUAUUCCAAAAGUUACCAUUUUCAAGAAGUCCACUGUACAGACGUUCAGCCAGCCAAUGUUUUGUCGGGGAAAGAGCGGGGAGUGGUUUAUAAACUUCCAAAAUUCAACAAACUAAAGAGAUGAAGAGAUGAUGUAUUUUAUGAUGCCAUUUUUUUUUACGUGAUUUGGAUUUUAUUUUCUCUCUCUUUCAACAUUAAAAUUUGGAGCCAGACGUAAAUGGAAGGGGAUUUUUUUUGAGUUCAUUAAGUUCAAAUUGCUCUUUUUAUGAAUGUGUGCUUUUACUAGUGGUAAACUGAAGCAGGUCAGCGUUUCUCGCUGUGCCUCCUUCUCCCCUGAGUCUGGCUUCUUUGAAGACUGGAAGGACGACUGACUUCCCAUAAACUCUGAGCCGAGAAGUUGCCCUGGAGCUGUAUCAUAGAUCAUAUCAUAUCUCCGUCUGCCUACCAGAGAUGUGCCUUUUCUCUUAGCCACAGUUUUGACUGUUGUACUGUCACCAAGCCAACACUCCAAAGAGCUGCUCGGGCCUCCCCUACUCUCCCACUAGAGGGCACUCUGCAGAGGAAACUACACAGGGAAAAGUGGCUCUGAUUUUAUUGAGAAUAUAAAAUGUUUUACCAGAAACA